AUGGGGCUUCUCUCCGCCAUCGUCAACCCCCUGGUUCAUAUAUCUUCGGACAUCUCAACACCAGCAUUGAUAGGAGCUAGCUUUGCAAUCUUCCUCACCCUCUCGAUAGUCCUGAAUGUCCUCCGCCAACUCCUAUUCAAGAACCCGAACGAGCCACCAGUCGUAUUCCACUGGGUGCCAUUCUUCGGAAGCACCAUAGUUUACGGUAUCGAUCCCUACAAAUUCUUUUUCAGCUGUCGCGAGAAGUAUGGCGAUGUAUUCACCUUUAUACUCCUCGGCCGUAAGACCACUGUAUGUCUCGGGACAACUGGCAACAAUUUUAUUUUGAAUGGAAAGAUCCAAAAUCUCAACGCGGAGGAGAUCUAUAGCCCUCUUACUACACCCGUAUUCGGCAGUGAUGUUGUGUAUGACUGCCCUAACUCAAAGUUGAUGGAACAAAAGAAGUUUGUGAAGUUUGGAUUAACCUCAGACGCACUCAAGUCGUACGUUCGCACCAUCACAGAUGAGACGAGGGAUUUCAUCAAGAAGAAUGCCGCGUUCAAGGGCAAAAAGGGGACUGUUAACCUCUCAUCUGCAAUGGCUGAGCUCACCAUAUAUACUGCCUCCGCAUCUCUCCAGGGGAAGGAGGUUCGCGCUAAAUUCGACUCCACAUUCGCAGACCUUUACCACUAUCUCGACAUGGGUUUUAGCCCUAUCAACUUUAUGCUGCCUUGGUUUCCAUUCCCUCACAAUCGCAAGCGCGACUACGCCCAAAAGACCAUGACCGAUCUUUACUGCGAAAUCAUUGAGCGACGUCGUGCUGCUGGAGGGAAGCGUGAGGGCGAUGAGGAUAUGAUAUGGAACUUGAUGAGCUGCCAAUACAAAGAGGGCCGAGCACCUACCGACAAGGAAAUCGCACAUAUGAUGAUUGCACUUCUCAUGGCUGGACAGCACUCUUCUUCCUCGACGAUUGCCUGGAUCUUGUUGCGUCUGGCUUCUCAGCCUGAAAUCAUCGAAGAGUUGCUUCAGGAACAGAAGGACGUACUGGGAGCUGAUCUACCAGACCUCACCUAUGAUGAUUUAGCUCGACUAUCACUUCAUUCCCAAGUCGUCAAAGAAACUUUGCGGAUUCAUACACCAAUUCACUCAAUCAUGAGGAAAGUCAAGACACCAAUGCCAGUGGAUGGUACUAAGUACACCGUUCCCACCUCACACGUUCUCCUUGCCUCCCCUGGAGUUACUGCUCGGUCGGCAGAGAACUUCCCAAACCCACUUCACUGGGAUCCUCACCGGUGGGAUGCCCACAAAGAGGUUGAGGAAGACGAUAGCGAGAAGAUCGACUACGGGUGGGGUCUGGUCAGUAAGGGAACCGCGAGCCCGUAUCUACCAUUUGGCGCCGGAAGGCAUCGAUGCAUUGGCGAACAGUUCGCAUAUGUGCAGUUGCAAACGAUCCUGGUGGAAUUUGUUCGGGCAUUCAAGCUACGUAAUCCUGAUGGGAGCCGCGAAGUGCUUGUGGAGACUGAUUACUCUUCACUGUUCUCACGCCCGCUGAAUCCUGCCACCAUUGAGUGGGUCCGGAGAGACGCGUAG